AUGAGAUCAUUCAGUGUCUUUCAAGCCGCAGACAUGGACCGGUUGUUUUGGCUGUCUCUCCUGCUCGCCCACCUGUUGGUCACAGCUGGCGAGGAUACAUGUCAUGUCAACAUAUCGCAGUCAAACAACAUAAUCUGGAAGAAAAUAGGGGAAGAAGCUGUUUUCAAUUGUACAGUUAUUUCCAAGUGUUCAGUAGAAUUUUACUGGUUCAAAGAGAAUGUCUCUCUACCGCUUCAUAUGAGUAAAAAGUACCAAGGAGAAGCGUCUUUUCAAAUUAAUUCACUUAAAGCGAGUGACAGCGGGAUGUACUUCUGUGCCGCAGCAACUCAGAAUGGGUGCUGCACACCGUUUGUAGGGGAGGGAGCAACUCUUGUAGUGAGAGAAAAUACUAAAACAGUGAUGGGAAAAAUCGUGUCGGUAUCAUUUGUCCUCUUGGCCGUCUACAGCUUGGCUAUAGUGACGCUCAUCAUUCUAAAGAAGUAUGGCUGCAAUAUGAACAUCUGCAGAAAGACAUCCAAAAACGACAAGAAAAACGCAAAUAAAAAAGUACAGUUCCAGGACGUGCUGAAAGAAAUGCACAAGAAGAGAAACAUGGAGAAAAACAAUCAAACAGCAAGCAGAAGCUCUUCUGAAGUUGAGCCCUCGAGCAACGACCUGCAGCAUUCUUCUGAUGACAUCUAUCAAAAUGUCUAAGCUUCAUUCAAUG